GGAGGGCGCGAGAGCUGGGACAUGGGGCUAGCCAGCCCCUCCGAUCGCGGUCUGGGCCACUGCUGGGGCCUGACGCCACCGCCGCUGUUGCUGCCACUAUCGCUGCUGCUUCUGCACGCGCAGCUCGCCGCCGGGAGCCUGGCUGAUGGGAGCCCCGGUGCGGCCGAGGUGCCAGGGUCGGCCCAGGUGGCCGGACUAUGCGGGCACAUUACCCUUCACCGGGACCUGCGCACCGGCUGCUGGGAGCCAGACCCGCAACGCUCGCGACGCUGUCUCCGGGACCCGCAGCGGGUGCUGGAGUACUGCAGACAGAUGUACCCGGAGCUACAGAUUGUGCGUGUGGAGCAGGCGGCGCAGGCCAUCCCCAUGGAGCGCUGGUGUGGGGAUGCUCGGGACAGCCACUGUGCUCAACCUCACCAUCAGGUUGUGCCCUUCCGCUGUCUGCGGGGUGAGUUCGUGAGCGAGGCUCUGCUGGUGCCCGAAGGCUGCCGUUUCCAGCACCAAGAACGCAUGGACCAGUGCGAGAGCUCCACCCAGCGGCAUCAGGAAGCCCAGGAGGCCUGCAGCUCCCAGGGCUUUGUCCUGCAUGGCUCUGGCAUGCUUUUGCCCUGUGGUGUGGAUCGGUUCCGGGGUGUCGAGUAUGUGUGCUGCCCACCUCCGGCGACCCCUGACCUGUCUGAGACAACAGUUGGUGACCCUUCCACUCGGUCCUGGCCCCUGGGGAGCAGAGCAGAGGGGGGUGAGGAGGAGGACGAGGAAGAACCCUUCCCACAGCCGGUAGAUGAUUACUUUGUGGAGCUCCCACGGGCUCAAGAGGAAGAGGAGGAGGAACGAGCCCCACUCCCAAACUCCUAUACCCCUGCAGGGAUCAGCAAAGUGACUCCCACCCCGAGACCAACAGACGGUGUGGAUGUGUACUUUGGGAUGCCUGGGGAAAUCAGUGAGCACGAGGGGUUCCUGCGGGCCAAGAUGGACCUGGAGGAACGUCGAAUGCGCCAGAUUAAUGAGGUGAUGCGUGAAUGGGCCAUGGCAGACAACCAGUCCAAGAACCUACCCAAAGCCGACAGACAGGCCCUGAAUGAGCACUUCCAGUCCAUUCUGCAGACCCUGGAAGAGCAAGUGUCCGGCGAACGACAGCGCCUGGUGGAGACUCAUACAACCCGAGUCAUUGCGCUGAUCAACGACCAGCGCCGGGCUGCCCUGGAAGGGUUCCUGGCCGCCCUGCAGGGGGAUCCACCUCAGGCAGAGCGGGUCCUGGCGGCCCUGCGGCGCUAUCUGCGUGCGGAGCAGAAGGAGCAAAGGCACACGCUGCGCCACUACCAGCACGUGGCCGCCGUGGAUCCCGAGAAAGCCCAGCAGCUGCAUUUCCAGGUGCAGACACACCUUCAAGUGAUCGAGGAAAGGAUGAACCAGAGCCUGGGCCUGCUUGACCAGAAUCCCCACCUGGCUCAGGAACUUCAACCCCAGAUUCAGGAGCUCCUGCACGCUGAGCACCUGGGUCCCAGCGAAUUGGAAGCGCCUCUCCCAGGGAGCAGCAGUGAAGACAAGGAUGGGCCACAAGCUCCGGAUUCUAAGGAUGGUUCGGACACCCCCAUGGCCUUCCCCAAAGGGUCCACAGAACAAGCUGCUGUGCCAUCUGCGAGAGAGAAGCUGUCUCCCUUGGGGCAGUAUGAGCAAAAGGUGAAUGUGUCCGUUCCCAGGGGUUUUCCUUUCCACUCAUCGGAGAUUCAGAAGGAUGAGCUGGCACCAGGUGGGACAGGUGUAUCCCGUGAGGCUUUGUCAGGGCUGCUGAUCAUGGCCGCUGGCGGGGGCUCCCUCAUCGUCCUCUCCCUGCUGCUCCUGCGCAGGAAGAAGCCCUAUGGGGCCAUCAGCCACGGCGUGGUGGAGGUGGACCCCGUGUUGACCCUGGAGGAACAGCAGCUCCGGGACCUCCAGCACCAUGGCUACGAGAACCCUACCUACCGCUUCCUGGAGGAAAGGCCCUGAACUGGCCCCUUCAGCUACGCCCAGACUUUCCCUCUUCCUGGACCCCAGAGCCCCAACUUCCAGUCGGGGGUGGGGGGGGCAGGGAGGUCAUGAAAAGUUCAUUUCACACCCUUUGGGGGAGGAGUCCUGGAAAGUCUCAUUUUCCCUUUGACCCCCUAAGAACUCCCCAGGGAUCUCCAGCCCCCUCCCUGCUUGGGACUUAAUUUAUUUUGUAAGUUAAUUUAUGGUUCCUCAAAGUGACCACCGUCUUGAUCCCAGUGUUUCUUGUUCCCUAGAUCUCACCACCUCACAUUUCUCCCACUAACGUCCCAAUAAAGUUUUUUCCCCCCCGCCCUA